CAGGCCUGGACCGCCUUUCUAGGGACAUGGCGGUGGAGCUGAAAAAGGAAGGAGUUGCGUCCUUCUCCCUCUGGCCAGGCGUGGUAAUGACCGAACGGAUGGCGGAGAUCCGGAAAAAUGACCCGGAGAAGUGGGAGAGGGAGAUGAGCGUCGGAGAAGGCUACGUGGAGUCCCCCCGCUUUGUGGGCCGUGCUCUUGCUGCCCUCCUUUCCUCUCCUUCCUCCUCUCCCUCCUCCUCCUCCCCCUCCUCCUCCUCCCUCAUGGACCGCAGCGGUACCAUCCAAAUCGUGGCAGAGCUGCCCAAUUAUGUGUUGAAAGAUCUCUUUGCCUCAGCGCCCUACCUACAGCCUUUCGUGCCGGACAUCAAACUUCCUUUGUCCAUGAUGGGUGCACGGCCCUCGGAAUAAGGCUUGACUUAUAGAGCGUCACUUAGACUAUGGCGUGUCUAAGGAAGGGAAUGCUGGUGGGUGAAGGUUAACGAUGUGUAUCGGGGUGCCUCAGGCUGCA